GGCCAUCAAACUGAUGGCGCGCCGGGCAAUUGAGCUUUCGGUCCUGGACGAAGUGGCAGCGGAGAUCCAGCCCAAGCAUCUUCGAUGGUUCUCGGAGUUGCUUGCCGAUGGUUCAGUCUUGCGGAGCUUGAGUGGUCGGACCAAGGACCUUCAAGGGCUGAUAGGCCAGCUGAGAGGUUUUUCCUUGGAAGAGUUUCUGGGAGAAGAAGAGCCAGGGAAGGUUAUCCCGUGGUCUCUGCUCAGUGAUGUGGAGUCGGCCAUAGAGCCCAAAGACCUCGUGACGGGGAAGACUGUGCGCUAUUCCGGUCCUGAAGGUGCUUUACGCGCCGGAUUACUGCACGAGAGAAUGCUCAAGACGACGGAGUUGAGCAAGUUCUGUCCCGCAGCCUACCGGCUUCCAGGUUGCGAGCCUCCUUUUGAGGACCUGGAAGGGACCGGGUUGCACUUUGAGAAGCAAGGUAAGGCGAGGCUGGACGGGUAG